GCCGCGACGGACUGACCGAUCGUCAAGAAGCAUCUUGUCGCCAUGGAAACUUAAAUGUGAGCGCUGCUUGGCGUUGGUUGGAGAAAUGACGGAGUCCGUGGUGAGAGCUUUGUAUGGUCGAGCAGCUUCUUUAAAUUUGAGUUCGAAAAAAAUAAACGCCGUUCCUAAGGGUGUUUCCAGAUUAGCAAAGCUGUCCGUUCUCCUGUUGAACAACAACUCCAUCAGCGCCCUGCCUGCCGAGCUGCUCUCUCUGCAACAUCUGGUUGAGCUGAAUUUGGGAAAUAAUGCCUUCAAGGAGGUUCCCGCUGUUUUGGGCCAUCUGGAGUCCUUGAAGAAACUGUAUCUGUUCAGCAACCAAAUUACAGUAGUGCCACCUGAUGUGAUAGAUGGGUUACGGAACCUUGUUUUGCUCAAUCUGAAUCACAACCACAUUCAAAGACUUCCACCAGAAAUUAAAAGUUUGAGUAGGCUUCAACAUCUCAGUGUGCUGGACAAUAAGCUGGAAGAGGUCCCUGUUGAGUUGGGUCAUCUCACCAUGUUGUCGGAGAUAAACUUCACUUCCAAUAGUUUGUCCUGGCUACCUAAGCAGCUUUGUCAGUGUAAAGAACUAACCAAGUUGCAUGUAGCCAGAAACAAGCUGACCAGCCUACCAGAGGGAAUGGGGGCACUGUCAAAACUUAAAGUUCUGGAUGUGGCUGGGAACCAGUUGUCCAUGUUUCCUGUUGAGUUUCACCUGCUGUCCCUGAAGGAGCUCUACUAUGAAGGGAACAGGUUUGUGCGCUGUGAGCCCAUGUUGUCAGUGCAGAAUGCGGAGGUGCUUACGUUAAAGGAACUAGUUGCAAGACUUGUCUUGCGGGAAGACAGGAACAGGUCCUCUCUGGUCCACAGGAUGCUUCCCCACUACCCACUCCUGACUGCCCUGUUGGCCAAUGUCAGCUGUUGUGCGGUCUGCCUGAACCCCUUCCUCACCACCUGGCUCGAGUGUGUACAUUUUAUCAAUCUGAAGGUCAUGAAAAUGAGAAGUUCGCAGACUAUUCCAGUGCGUGCCGUUCUUUGUUCAUACAAGUGCUUUAAUACAGAUGGACACUCCUACUAUGGUGUUGCUACAAGAUAAAUACUAGUUUAUUAAAAAAGUACUAUACAUGAUCAAUCAC